AUGGCUGAAGGUGUGAGUACGGUCGUCAUCAAAAUCUUCCCCCAAGAGGUCGCUCGAUUAUGUGUCUCAUAUAAGAACAAGCAUGACCUUUUCAAGGUGUACAAGAAAUGGAUCCGACAGUUGAACCUUCCAAGCAACGAGGUCUACUGGUGCGACAGCCAGGGCGAUCAUACAGGGAUUCGGAGCGCAGAUGACUUGAUUGGAGCAGUCAACGACUUCUAUGUCACGAAGUUGUUCACGCCACUCGACGAAGAUUAUCUCAUAUCGUGCUCGGAUUCCGAGGAGGAUCAUUGUUGCCGUGGACGGAGCCAGGAAAAGAAGAGAACAACAAACAGCCGACCUCACCAUUGA